AUGUUUCUCGCCGCCGUCCCCGCUUUCUCCCCCUUUCAAAGAGUCCUCCCGCUGUUGCUCGCGCUGCUCCUCGCGUUACCCCUCUCCAUUUGCGGAGUGCAGCCAGCGAAUCGGUUCAAAUCCGCCACUCGCCUCGUCUUCCUGCCCAGUAAUGCGUACAACUCAAAAUGCCUCGACGGGAGUCCCCCCGCGUACUACUUCCGCGCGGGCGCGGGCGCGGGGAGGCGCAGGUGGCACGUGCAUCUCCCCACGGGCGGAUGGUGCUUCUCCCCGGGGGAGUGCCGCGACCGCGCCAACUCCCCGCUCGGUUCCUCGCGCUUCUGGGCUACACGCCUCCCCGCCAUCAUCGAAAACGGCGGCAGAAUCGACAACGCAACCGAGUCCUAUCCACAGCUGGGCGGGCUCCUAUCCCACGACAGCGCAGCCAACCCAGCGUUCUAUGGUUGGAACCUGGUGUGGGUGGUGUACUGUGACGGUGGCGCCUACAGCAGCACGCGGGGGAGGGCGGACCUGGGGGGGGGCGCAUCUGUGUACAUGCAGGGGCGGCAGAUUCUGGACGAUAUUAUCACUGAUCUCUGCAUGCGGCAGGGCAUGGGGGCGGCGUCGCAUGUACUCUUCUCGGGCAGCUCAGCGGGCGGCCAUGCCAUCAUCAUGCACUGCGACCGCCUCGCUGCUGCCUUCCCCCGCGCUUCCUCCAAGUGCCUCGCCGAUUCCGGCUUCUUUGUUGAUGCGAAGGACCGUUUUGGGGUGUAUUCAUGGCGGGAAUACAUUCGGCAGCUCACCGCUCUGCACCGCAUAGAAGUCCCCAGAUGCCCUGCAGGAGCACCAGUGAGGGACUACUGGGUGUGCUUCUUCCCAGAACACCUUCUUGCACAGGUCUCUACACCCCUCUUCAUCUUCCAUUCCUUUUUCGACUGGCGCUUUAUACAGUACGAGCAGCAGCUCCCUAGCGAGGAUCUAGUGUACUCGCAAAGAUGUCUCGACGGGCAAAUAUUACGAACAAGAGCAAGUGUACUGGCACGGGAGCGCACGUGGGAUACUGUAAGGUGGAGGCACAACUUCUGUUCACGACAAGAACUGGAUGCCGUUUUUUCUGUGGGUUAUACUGUGUAUAAUCGCCUGGUGUGUCAAGGGGGUGAAGUUGAGUAG